AUGAAACUGUUGGUGCUCUUCCUUCUCCUCAGCGCUGUGCUGGUCGCAGCUCGUCACCAUCACGGGCAUGGCGGGGAUUCCCACAAGUUGGCGGCUCAUCGUCAUCAUGGCAGCGACCCCUUUGAUGAGAAGGAACUCAUCGAGGCGUUGAGCCAUCGUCGUGGCAGACACCAUGGCUCCAAACACCACGCUCGUCGCAGCCAUCAUGGCCGUCAUGGUAAGUUAUGGGGAGUUCUUGGAAAUCGGACCGAACGGCAAGAAAUUUUUGAUUAAUUUUUCCGAAUUUUUAUGAAUUGUUUUUAGGCAAGCACCAUGCCCGCCGCCAUCACCGCCGUCACAGUAUCGACAGAUUCUAA